AUGGCCGAAGAAGCUGAGAUUUUUGAUUUUGAACAAGCGAAUAAGGAAGAGAUCCUUAUUGAUGAAAAAGCAUUGAAGACACAGUCGCUGCCACCUAUUUUUCUUGGACACCAACAACGCUCUGACAGUGCGGAUGAAGAGGAGUAUGAUAAGUUUGUUCCAACAGAUCCGGCCUUAAUCGAGCAGUACAAGAAUAAACUCCAUAGAAUUUCCUAUACACCUCCGGAGAAUUUCGCUUUGGUAUGCGGAUCAAUAUAUCGCUCUUCGUUCCCGCGCAUUGAGAACUUUGAAUUCAUGUUGAAAUUGAAACUGAAAUCUGUAUUAUGUUUAAUACCGGAAGAAUACCCUUCGGAGAAUAUGGAGUUUUUGAGAGAAAACGAUAUUCAAUUCUUUCAAGUCGGCCUCAGUGGAAAUAAAGAACCGUUUGUUAAAAUCAAACCCGACCAAGUGAACGAGGCAUUGAAGAUUAUUGCUAACCCUGAGCAUCAUCCAAUACUGGUGCAUUGUAACAGGGGAAAACACAGAACAGGAUGUAUAGUCGGAUGCAUUCGAAAAUUACAGAAAUGGUCAUUAAGCAUGAUUUUUGACGAGUAUCGACGUUUUGCCUACCCAAAGGAGCGACCGUUAGAUCAACAAUUCAUCGAGAUGUUCGAUGAUUCGCAUAUACAACAAUACGCACAAGACCGCAAUUGGCUUCCUCUAGAAUGGUGA